AUGAGUUAUUAUAAUCGUGGUGGUAAUAAUAGUUAUGGAUCAUCAAGAGGUUCGUAUGGGAAUCAUCGAGGUGGUGGUGAUCGACAUGGUGGAAAUAGUUUACUCGAUGAUUUGGAUUCAUUUACAGUAGCACCAUUACGUCCUGGACCACCAGUAAUAAAAAAUUUCUAUACCGAAUCACCCAUGAUUUCAAAUCGCCCACAACAUAUUACUGAUCAAUUUUAUGUUCAAAACGAAAUGUCAAUACGUGGCUUUGCACCGAAACCAAUACUUGCAUUUGAUGAAGUACAAUUUCCUAGUGCUAUUCGUAAUGUUAUUCAACAACUUGGUUAUGUUCGACCAACAGCUAUACAAGGACAAGCUUGGCCUAUUCUAUUAACUGGAAGUGAUCUUGUUGGUAUUGCUCAAACAGGUUCCGGAAAAACUUUAUCGUUUAUGUUACCCGCAUUAAUUCAUGCAGCUGGUCAAACCAAUUCUAGAUCGGGUGAUCCACUUGUACUUAUUCUUGCACCAACACGUGAAUUAGCUCAACAAAUUCAAGUUGUUGGAGCUGAUUUUUGUGCUGCAACAAAUUCUCGAAGUGUUUGCAUUUAUGGUGGUGCACCAAAACCACCACAAAAACGUGAAAUACGUUAUGGUGUUGAAGUGUGUAUUGCUACACCAGGUCGUCUAUUAGAUUUUGUACGUGAAAAAACAAUUAAUCUUGAUCGUGUUACAUUUCUUGUUUUGGAUGAAGCUGAUCGAAUGCUUGAUAUGGGUUUUGAACCACAAAUACGAAAAAUUAUCAAAUGCAUUCGACCUGAUCGUCAAACAGCUAUGUUUAGUGCAACAUGGCCAAAAGAAGUUCAAAAAUUAGCAUCAGAUUUCAUGACAAAUUGUGCACAUAUAACAUUGGGUAAAGCCAUUUUAAAUGCUAAUCAAAAUAUACAUCAAAUUGUUGAUGUAUGUGAAGAACAUGAAAAAGAAUCAAAAUUAGCAAAAGUUUUAUCAGCAGUAAUGCGUGAUCAAGAUUGUAAAGUGAUCAUUUUUGCUCAAACGAAAAAACGUGUAGAUGAUUUCUUUUUUACAAUUAAACGUUUGGGUUAUCCAGCACUUCCAAUUCAUGGAGAUAAACGUCAACAAGAACGUGACCGAGUUUUACAAGAAUUUCGCAGUCGAUCUCGGGUUGUUCUUAUCGCAACUGACGUUGCUGCUCGUGGUUUAGAUGUGGAUGAUGUACGUAUUGUUAUUAAUCUUGAUUAUCCACCACAAACAGAAGAUUAUGUUCAUCGUAUUGGUCGAACAGCACGUUCAGGUGCUAAGGGUACAGCAUAUAGUUUUUUUACUCGAGAAAAUGCUAAACAAGCCCAAGAAUUAAUUCAAUUAUUGAAAGAUUCAAAUCAAGAUGUUAAUGAAAAAUUAUAUGAAAUGGCCAAAACAAAAUAUUUUGGUAAUAAUCGUGGUGGCAAUAAUUAUCGAGGAGGACAUGAUCGAAGAAAUAUGAGUGGCAAUCGAGGUGGAGGAAAUCGUGGUGCAAGUAAUUUCAAUAAUACGAAUACUCGGCCAACUCGUUUUAGUAAUAAACGAUCACGUAGUCGUAGUCCACCAGUACGUACAUCACGGUUUGACAGUACUAAUGCCUAUGGAACAGAUAUAAAACGUGCACGAACAGAUACUUCCCGUCCUUCACAUGAUGAGCCAGCCCGACAUCCUUAUGCAUCAGCAAUCAAUGGUAAUGGUAUGCAUACACAACAAAGAUCUCAACCAAACGGAAUAAAAGUACCACCACCAUCAGCAUCAUCAUCUUCAUCGACAAGUAAUCCAUUCACUGGAUUUUAUAAUUCAUCAUUUCCACAUCCGCCACCAUCAUCAACAAUGUAUCCACCAUCCUAUCACAUGUAUGGACCAUCAUCUAAACAACCACCACUACCACCGGGUCCACCACCAUCAUAG